AUGGCUGAGGGCCAGCAAGGCGCCUUUCCUGUUCCUCCGGGAGAGACAUAUAACCCUGACUUCUCCCAUCCAUGGCUGUACACCGAGAGCCGGGCUGUGGUCAUCGCAGGAGUGAUCUUGUGCACGAUUACUCUGAUGUUGAGGGUGUACACCAAAGCUGUUCUCCUUCAUAAGUUCGGAUGGGAUGAUGAUGGCUACGCCCACGGAGGUAUCGGCAUCCACAUCUGGAACAUCACUCCCCAUAUGUUCCUCCAGUUCCAAAAGGGAAUCUUCGCCGCCGGCAUCAUCUACGUUCCCGCACUCGGGCUCGCCAAAGCCUCCCUCAUCAUCCUCUACCACCGCAUCGUCGGCAUGCAAAAGGUCUACCGCUGGGCCCUGUAUGUCAUCGCCGGAGUUGUGAUAGGAUACAGCGUGGCCAUCACCUUCGCCCUUAUUUUCGCCUGCCGGCCCAUCCAAAAGGCCUGGAACGCCGCCCUUGAGGGAUCCUGCAUCGACCAAAAUGGGCUCUACGCGGCGACAGCGGUGACGAACACCGUUACUGAUGUGGCGCUUCUUAUUGUGCCUCUUCCGGUCGUGAUAUCGCUGAACAUGCCGACCAUCCAGAAGAUCGGGCUGCUUUUCAUGUUCAUCAUUGGUGGCGCGACUGUCGUCACAAGCGUGAUCCGCCUCGUCACUCUCUUCCCGUUCCUCAAAACCGACGACAAAACGUACCAGAUCGGCUGGACCGACCUGUGGAUGUAUGGCCCACCCUCGACCCGUACACGCUCCACGCUAAUGGUUCUCGAUAGUAAUGUCGAAGCAAACUUCAUUGUGAUUUGCGCCUGUCUGCCGUUCCUCCGGCACUUCCUCCGCCGCUACGCACCGAAACUGAUCGGUGAAGGGUCGUCUGCGGGCCGUGCUUAUUUCCCGAAUUACCAGAACGGAAGCAGCACGACGCGUUCGUGGCGCCGGAAACCGGGGCUGACGAUGCUGCAGGAUGAAGUUGAGCUCGCUGAGAACGGGGGGAGUGUGGGAUCUGAAGUGCGGAUUGUCAAGGAAGUGAAGUGGAAUAUUACCGAGGAGAGGUCAGGGUGA